AGACUCUCCAUAUUGUAUGUUACCUGCUUACUGGGAAAACUGUAUCGCCAACAAGAAGAAGCUGUGCUCUUCUGGUGUCCUAAAUCAGAUUCAACCUUGAGUCUCUUCGUUAGUUUAACUACAUCUACGACUUUGAUGAUCGCAUCAACGGCUGGUGCAACGUGGUCAGGGGAUCCCCCUUACCGAAUGUUCCUAUGCAUCCCCACUUGCUAUUUUCAAAGACAAGAGAGGCGUGACCGCGAUUGUUUAUUUGGCCACAGUCCACUUCGUGCACACACUGCCAUGAAGGUAUUCAACCUCACCCUGGCGCUUUGUCUCGCAGCCUUGGUAUCCGCCGACGGAACACCCGCCGCGUCGAGCGACUUCGCUUUGUUAUUGGAGACUGGCGAGCGGAGGUUUGCGGUGAUUCCCUCGUCGACUCAGCCUGAUAGUAACGGGAAACGGGAGUCAAUUACAGAUAACUUGUACAACAAUGCUUCCAGGUUGCUCGCGUUCUUUGAAUCACUCGUGUCGCCCGCAGUCGAGCACGACGAAGAUAACCGAACCGCGACCGGCUUUCUACAACUUGUUGCAGACGACAGAGCAACAGGGAUGGAUGACGAAGCCGUUCUGGAUCACCUCAUGCAGAAGAUUGAUGACGUGCUGCUUGAAGAAACAGACACUGAGGAAAGCACAGGUGACAACGAAGUAGAUCUUUUGAAGAAAGUGCUUGUCAAAAAUGGGAAGAAAACACUGUUGUUUCGCGCUUUAGACACUUUCUGGAUGUUCGUGAGAACAUAUAAGGUCGCACCUGGACUAACAACAACUACGACCAGAAGAACUCCCUACAGUACCACCCGGAGGCGAACCACACGACGGUCAACAACAUCGACAACACGAGCAACCACCGCGCAAACAACAACUAGAAGAACAGCAACAUCAACGAUACGAGUCACCACAACGCAAACUACAACAACUCAGACUACCACAAGUGGACCCACAACGACCGCGACGACAACGAGUGCACGUACAGUUACAAGCACUCGCACAGCCACAUCGACAUCCACAACUUCCAUGAGUAUCACCACCGUUUCUACCAUGCGUUCUUCAUCCACUGCGGCCGCGAUACCGGGUGGAACAGCUGAAGUAGCUGUGUUCCUUGAUGUUGCUGCGAGGUCGCUGCUGAAUGACGUUUGCCGGAGUCAGCAGCCUCAGUGCAUCAAGGAUAUGGAAUACUCUUUCCACCAGGCUAUACUAGAGGAGACCCAGGACAGAACGUUUUCGAGAGAACAGGUGAUCGUUGGCCUCUUGACACCCAGAAGGCGAGGAGUUGUUGUACUCGUGUAUAUACUUGAAGACGACGACCUGCGCUUCUCAAGUGUUCUGCAAAAAGUUUUGGAAGAUGUUCCGAGGUGUCGCACAGCUGACCCGCCCAUGGCCAUCUGCCGCACGUCAAUAGGCAUGAAGUUCUCACAGAGAAGGAUAACUCCCACUGUGACUAGCAUCAGGAUGAUCCCAUGAGUCUUUAAACCUUAGCCCGUGGGUAUCCGAAAAAAGCCCUUCUUUCGUUUGAUCGACAAUGAAAGUAUUUCCUGGGGUGGCCCAUCGCUCCUUCCUUUCCCUAAUGUCUGUUUUGGCAUCAAAUUUUGUAGUUUCUGAGAGGAAGUCUUUGAGAAAGGCGGUUCCCCAAUCCCAGAGGAUUUCACUUGGUGCUCAUUCAAGCGUACCUGCCGGUUAUUAAUCGGAAGCGACUGCCGCUUGAAACUAGACCGUUGGCUUCCGUGGAACUUUGCAGUGUCUUUACUUCUUGGCCAUCGUCUGGAAGGCAAACAUAAGCUAACGCGAAGAACAGAUACCACGUGCCCGUCGGAAGUUGCUUCACUCUGGAUCUCAGAAAGGCAACAACGGCUAACACACCUGCCUGUAGAUAAGGCAAGAAAAAGUGGAGAGCCAGUGCCCGAGGAAAUGCAUAGCGUGUCUCUCACACAGCCAGUUGUCGGGCACUGAGGUACCACAAGAAAUCUCUUUGUGUUACCGAGCUCAUUCGAGUCCGGAUUGUUGCUGUCUCUCGCCGAUCCCGCCUUUCUUUUCUGUCAUGGGAACUCCGGAAUGUCGCCGGGUCAGGUGCCACGCCGAUGUCUUCAGCAGCACCCAACUGCCACCACUACACGAGACAAGCCGCAUAGCUACCAGGGCAUUCGAGUGUUAGUCGAAGAAAAGCGUUGCACCCUCCGCAACGCUUUCCGUCUACGCGGAACGUCACUUCAUUGAGUUUUACAGAGAUGUGUGAUAUGCACGAGGACUAAUGCAAGAACUGACAACUACCGAUUCAUUCUCCUGGUUACCCUCCUGGACAAAGGGAAGAUCCCGCGUCUCCUGACCUACAUCCAGACGUUCGAUUGACAACGAGUGACGCACGUCGUUCACGACGACAGGUUAAACUGCUAAGAAUUUGAUUGCUUUAGGCACACCUUUUGCUGGCC